CUUUGUCAUUUACAACUGCGCUUAAUGAAAUUUAAUAAACACAACAUUGUGAUAAGAGGAUGUAUAUAAGAUGGUGCAUAUCCGCUCCAUGAUCAUAUCAAGUAAUUGUGCCAUUGCAUGUCUCAACAUGCAGCCGACGUUAAUAAAAGUAAGUGACGUUCCAGCGACUGUGCAAUCCGAAACUGAAUCGCCGCUUCUGACUGAGGAAGAGGUGCUGAGUAUAUUGUCGAAAAAACUCUCGCAAAAGUUCGAUCUGGUCGAGUACAAUCUCCGUCCAUUAAACUCAACGAACGGUUUCCUCGGACUUUACUACGAACUCACCGCACUGGUGAGAAUCGACGGAGCCACCAAAGAGCACAAGUUUUUCCUGAAAGCUGAGCCGUUGAAGCACAGUCCCCAGUACAAAUUCAUGAUCGAGUCCGACCAUUUCCGGAAGGAAUUGACGAUGUAUGGAAAUAUUAGGCCACGGAUGAAAACCGGAAAGAAUCAAGCCAACUGGUCAGCCGAGUGUUACUUAGCGAGGGACGAUCUCAUAGUCAUGGACGACCUCUCCGCCCUGGACUACGUGAUGCCUGACAAGUACACGUCGUUCGAUUACAACCAUUGCGCAGUCCUCUUUCAAACCUUGGCCCGAUUGCACUCAGGGUCCUUUGUGAUCGAGGAGAAGCUCAAGUCGGAGGGUAAGACCUUGUUCGAAGUUUACGGCGAUGUUUUGGACGAGCCACUGUUCAACGGUACCGAUAUGUCGAGAAGAUACAGAGCUUCGUGUAUCCUGGGAACGAGAUCUUUGAUCGACCUUCUACAUGAGAAACUUACCGAGGAGGAAAGGGCUGAAUUCAAGGAACGCAUUGAGGGAUGGUGCGAUAACUUCUCUGCAGUUUUGAGCCCUUCGACAAAGUACAGGAACGUGAUUUGCCAUCGUGACCUUUGGGCCAACAACAUGAUGGUCAAGUACGAUGGAUCGGGAAACCCGCAACACUGUUGCUUGGUAGACUUGCAAUUUGCUCGGUACAGUCCACCGGCCAUCGACUGCGUGAUUUCUCUAUACUUGAUCACCGACCGAGAGACGAGAGACAAACACGGUGAAUCGUUGUUGAGAGUAUACUAUCAAACUUUCGAGGACGAAUUGAGGAAGGCCGGACUUGAUGCCAGGGACCAUCUUGAGUGGUCAACGUUCUUGAAGAGCUGCGAAGAAACCAAAUCAACUGCGGUGGUCUACGCUAUUCUCAAUCAACCCGUAACAAUGCUGCAUCCUGAUACAUGCAGUAAACAAUUCAUCGAGUCACCGGAACUAUUAAACGAGAGUUUGUAUAACGAUAGAUCAGCGCUAGUGUGCAGUCAAUUUCUUACCGUACAACCAUACCGGGAACGAAUAACUGAAGUCUUACUGGAGGCGCACGAAUUGUUGCCAAACUACACGUCAAGUCAACUGUGAUGUGAAGCAUAUGAACAUUUGUCAAGACCUAUUGGCUUCUCGUAUCUGUAUCAAGAACCGAUUUGAGACGAUAAACUUUGACGUAGUAAAUUGGAAGAUUUUCAUAAUCUACCUGCAUUCAUCAAAAGCUGUUCGAUGUGUACUUGUUACGUUCGCCGUGUUCACUUUUCAUAAGUUAAUGUAAUUCAAUCAAAAAUGACGAUGAUGUAGGAGAAGAAAAUACAUAUUCCACAUAAUUAUAAGUAUGCAUGUAUUUAUCGAACUAAAAGAAUGGUUCUUUCUCGUUACGCUAGGUAAUGUUGAAAAUAAAAACUAUACUUGUAAUUGAAA